UAUCAACAAAUAAAAAGCUAUUUAUAUGUUGAAUGUUUAUGAAUUAACAACAACAAAACAAAAGCAGCAUUCAGCUGAAAACAACAACAACGUCGAUCGCAGCCAACAUAUAACGGUGUUGAGAGAGUGCGGUCAAGUGACAUCAUAAAGAAGCCAAAAGUGACGGAAACGUGGCCAAAAAUAAAUGCAAAAAUAAAAAACACAAACAAAAUAAGAAUUCUACUCCAACAAGAAGAACAAGCAGCAGAAGCAGAAGAAGCAAAAAUAACAGCAACAACAACAACAACAACAAUAACAACAAGAGCAGCAUGUGCAAGUGAAUGAAUGGAUGAUCAUGCUGCUGAUAGUGAAAAGAAGCAACUGAACUAAAAAAAAGAACACUGUGAAAUAAAAAAAAAAAAAGAAAAAAAAAACAAUAACAAUAACAAUGUCCACAAUCAGCGAGAAUGACAAUGGAAAUGAUGUCGUCGUCGAGUCAAAAUGGACAGAUGGCGAUGCCGAGAGCACUUUGCAGCAGUUAAAGGCCAAAAAGAACAAAUCCAAUUUGUUUGUCAUCAAAUCCUACAGAUUCAUUGACAGAACCAACAAUAAUUACAACAACAACAACAAUAAUAACAACAACAACAUGAGCAACAACAACAAAACAAGUGUUAAAAGAUCUGAGAUGGAGCUGCUGUCACCGGAAAUGGAUCCCUUUGUGGAUAUUACGCCCCUGGUACUCUCACAGCCGGAUGGCAAGAAGAAGGAAGCGCGUCCAAAGAAGCCAAAGAAACAAAAGCAGCCAAAAACAAAGCAGACAAAGUCAAAGACAAAGCGCGAUAAAGCUGAGGAGCAGGAGCAGCCGGAGGAGGAGAACAUGGAUGUGGAUACAAAUGAGCAGGAAGACCAAAUAUUGCGUCGCAAUGUCCAAGAAUAUGAGGAGUUAUUGGAGCAUUUACCCAACAGCUCAAAACAUGGCUCAUUGCCACGCCCCCAAUCGCUGCCAGCCAAGGUGCAUUUUGAAACAGCCGCCUCUCGCAUCGCUAUCGAUCCCGAUGUCGAUGCCGAAGCCGAUAACGAUAACGAUACCGAUGUCUUGAUCAGAUCGGCGCCAAUGCCAGCGAAACGUUUGGGCGCCAACAUAAAACGUGAAUCGUUUUUGCGACAAAGCUUACAAUCGAUACGUCGCAGUUUUGGCUCCAACAAACACUCAUCGAAGUUAUCGAUAGCCGGCACACAAGGCACAUCACCUGUACCAUCGCGUGUCUCAUCGAAUGCCUCGACAACAUCUUCCACAUCAUCGUCCACAACAUCGUCGUGCUCCUCCUCGGCGGCCAUCAGUCUGUUGACCAAGGCCCAAGCUCAUAAUCACAUUCUCGAUGAGUUCCUGCCCACACCUGUCGUCCUAUUGCUCAACGAUGAUCCCAUAAUGGCCAACGGCAAAAAGUAUUACAGUGAUGCUGGGCGUGUCCCGAAGAGAUCGACGAGCAGUGUUGUUAAUACAGUCGUCAAUGGUGGCAACAGUGGCACUGAUGAGCGUGCAACGACUUCCAUGGCACCAUUCCAGUUGUCCGCCACAGGAUCAACAACAACAACAGCAACAACACUGAGCGAACAACAACAGCAGCUGCAACAACAACAGCUAGAGCAACUACAACAAAGACGUGAGCAGUAUAUACAACAACUAAGUCUACCGGAAACAUUUGACCCUGCGGAAAGUUCCUUGCCCCAAAGCUACGCCACUUCGGGUGCUCCUCUCCAGCCAAGUGGCAGUGUCCACAGUCUCGGCAGCAGUUCCAGUCACAGUCACAGUCCAAGGAGCAGCCAGAGUCACAGCCAGAGUCACAGUCAGUCACAGGUCAAAGGCAGCGGCUCAACAGCCGGCAGCAAAGGCAGCAACACGGCCAAACAACAUGAUCAGCAAACGUCAGCGGUGGCAGCGAUCUCUUCAACAUCUGCCGCCGCUGGCGUCGGCGUCGGCGCUGGCGUUGCGGCAACCGCACAAGUCGCUGCCGCAACUCCUCCGGAGAAAGAGAAAGAGAAGGAAAAGGAGAAGAAGCGCAAGGAAGUCUCCAGUUCACGUGUAAAGAAAUUUCAUCGUCACUUCUCUCAAGUCUCCAAAGAUGAGAAGCUUAUCAAUUACUUUUCGUGUGCUCUAGUUGGAGAUAUACCUCUCCAAGGACAUCUCUACAUAACGGAAGAUCAUUUUGCGUUCUAUUCCAAUGUUUUCGGUUAUGUCACAAAGGUUGUUAUACCAACAACUUCGGUAACAAAAAUCUCGAAGGAGAAGACGGCUAAGAUCAUACCAAAUGCUGUGGGCGUGGCAACAGCGGAUGAACGUCAUGUCUUUGGCAGUUUCAUCAGUCGGGAAGCCGCUUUCCGGCUCAUGUGCACGGUUUGCACUCAACUGGCGACUGGCAAUGAGAUUCUUCCGCUCAAGCCAUUGCCCGUGGACGUGGAACUGACCGAGGAGUAUCUCAUCGAUGACGAGAGCAGUUGCUCCAUCAGUGGCAAUGAGAGUCCACCACAUUUACGAUCUGCAGUUGCCGCCGCUGCCGCCGCCGCCGCUGCUGCUGCUGCUGCUGGAGGCGCCUCCGAACCGGAGACGAUGUUGAGGCAACGCACUCUCAGCGACAGACAUUCCGAUCUAACGGGCAAAAGCACGCUGACAGUGGACACUGGAAUGGCGUUGGUGGGUCAAGUGAUCAUACGCAGCUCUGCACCGCCGGUGGUGCACUAUGAGGAUGAAACGCAGGCGUUAUUAGGCGGCUCUGGCAGUCGUCCAUCCACAUCGCAUUCAGCCUCCGCCUCCGCCUCCAGCUCGGGUCCAGCUUCCAGCUCAUCCUCACCCAUUACCGUUGUGGGUGUGGGUGUCGGAGUGGGCGUGGCUACAGCAACACCACCGCCCACAACACAGCGCACCACAAUUGGCGGUAGAUUGAGUUCAAUGCGCUCCCGUCUACGCUUACAGCUGCCAACGCUGACCGAAUUGCAUGUUCUCUAUUUGGGCAUCAUGUUGGCCAUCAUGUUGGCCCUCUUCUCCGUCUUUUUGCUCUAUCGCAUUCUGGACAUUGAGGCCAAAACACAUCUCUACAAUACGCCAGUUGAUUUCAAUUUGCGCUCGGGCAACGAUGAAGAUCUUUUUGCUGAAGCUUUGCGCUGGCAGAAAGAGCUUCAGGAUAAAAGCACAGCCGAAGCUCAACAUAUAUUAUCCAAGAAUCUAGAACAAAUAUCCAAAGUGCGUCGCAGUUUGGAAACGCUCUCGAUGCUGAUCCAUGACAGGAGAGCGGGCUAUGCACAGCCGGAGACGGAGAUGGAGACGCCAAUGGAUAUGGAAAUGGAGGCGGCGGAAGGAUUCGAGUCGGAGCUGUUACCAAAUGUCCAUGUGGCCAGCUCCGCCUCCGAUUUCAGUGACUGAUUUUGCUUCAUUUUUUUUCCGAUCUUUUAAAAAAAAAUGUUUUUUUCCAAUUUAGUUUAAGAAAAAAAGAGUUGAAGAAACAAUUUUUAUAUAGUCAUAAUGCGAUAUAGUAUAUAUAGUGGAUUUAACUGAAUUAUCUGGAAUUAGCGCUAAGAAACAAAAUCGCUUAUUGCGUUUUUAAUUUUAAGCUCCAACUAAAAUAUGCAUCAAAAAUUCAAGUGGCAAGUUGCAAGUUGCAUGUGUUGCGUAAACUCUCUCUCUCUCUAUUUAUAUAUAGACGUAUAUAUUUAAUCGAAAACAUUUGAUAAGUAGCCUGUUCCUGCUCCUGUUCCUGCUUUUGCUUUAGUUUCUGAUUCAAAUUUCAACUUGGAUUUUAUAUGUUUACUUUAUUUGUAAGUUUCAUGAAAUAAUUGAAAUGAAAUUAAAGUUUGUAUCUAUCAUUAAACGAGCAACAAAAACCAAUUUCAUUUGUAUAAAUAAUAAUCCUGUGAUACGCAUAUUUAA